AUGUCAUACCACGCAUUGUCCCUCGGCGGUGACGUCACCAGUCGGACGAGUGGAUCGUGGUGGAGGCAGUUUGUGCUAGAGAGGGAGAGAACUAGCAAGCAGCGAGUGGAAUAGCUGGGCCAGAGAAAGGAAUCGUUCUGAGAAACCGAACCAAAUACGUGAAUUUAGUUUUGUUGCGCUUUUGAUCACGACUCGGUUGGUUUGUGAAAAGGUUUUCUGUUUCUUCCCCAGUGUGUGUGGCUCUCCAGUCCCCGUUGCUCGUUGGAGUGAACACCAAGGGGGACUCCAUGAAAAAUGAUGGAGGAGGUGACAGUUGUAGCCAAGUGGGACUACACGGCCCAGCAGGACCAGGAACUUGACAUCCGGAAGAAUGAGCGGCUCACCCUGCUGGACGACAGCAAGACGUGGUGGAGGGUGAGGAACGCCUCCAACCAGACAGGCUACGUCCCCUCUAACUAUGUGGAGCGCAAGAACAGCCUGGUGAAGAAGGCAUCGCUGGUCAAGAACCUCAAAGACACACUGGGACUGGGUAAGGGCAGAAGGAAGCAGAGUGCCCGUGAUGCCUCUCCCACACCUAGCACGGAUGCAGAGUACCCCUCCAAUGGGAAUGGGGGAAGUGGAGGAGGAGGAGGCGGUGCCGAACGCAUCUACGACCUCACCAUCCUGGCCGUUGUCAAGUUCUCGUACAUGGCGGAGCGCGAGGAUGAGCUGACCCUAGCCAAGGGGUCCCGGGUCACGGUGAUGGAGAAGUGCAGUGACGGUUGGUGGCGGGGCAGCCAGGGAGGUCGCGUGGGCUGGUUCCCCUCCAACUAUGUCCUGGAGGACCCCACAGAGAGAGAGGGCGAGGGGGGUGGAGGAGGAAGGGACUCUCCAGGUUAUCCAGGGCAGGGCAGGGGGGCCACGAUGACCAACGGGCGGGCGGGAGGUGGUGGCGGCCGGGAUGGAGAGGGAAGUGGUGCGCUCCAUCUGGUCCAGACUAUUUACCCGUUCAGCUCAGUGACGGAGGAAGAGCUGAACUUUGAGAAGGGAGAGGUGAUGGAGGUUGUGGAGAAACCAGAGAAUGACCCAGAGUGGUGGCGCUGCAGGAACGCCCAAGGCCUGGUGGGCCUAGUGCCUAAGAACUACGUGCUGGUGCUGAAUGAUGCUGACGGGCCUCCCGGGCUCCCUGCCCUGCCGCAGUCGCCCCCUGGCUCCCCACAGAUCCGCUACGUGGGGCCGGCGAUCGUGGGCAAGUUUGCAGGCAGGGACUGGUACUAUGGAGGGGUGACCAGACACCAGGCAGAACUGGUCCUCAACGAGAGGGGAAAGGAGGGGGACUUCCUCAUACGGGACAGCGAGUCAUCGCCCAGUGAUUUCUCUGUGUCUUUGAAGGCACCUGGGAAGAACAAGCACUUCAAGGUGCAGUGUUCAGAGGAGGUCUACUGUAUCGGCCAGCGCAGGUUCAGCUCCAUUGAUGAACUGGUGGAGCACUACAAGAAAGCCCCCAUCUUCACCAGCCAACACGGAGACAAGCUCUACCUGGUCAAACCUCUGCUGUGACACACAUACAUGAACACGUAUACACACACAGGCACUCAGACAUGCAUAUACACACACACAUACGCACUCCACCAAAUGCCCAUAUCCCAGCAAUCCUCAACAUGCUGAACUUGGGGAGAUAACUUAGUCUGUUUUAGCCUAGUCACAUUGCUGGUCUUGGUUCUGUUUCCUUUCUUUGGUUUUAGGUUUUCUGUUUGUUUGGAAUUCCCACAUUUUUGUAACUCAUUUAAAACCCUUUCCAGAGGUUCCGAUGAUUUCUAAAGGAAAUAAUGACUUCACUAAGUGACCAUUUGUAAACACCCUCUUGCCUUUUCUCCUCUUCUCUGCCUUCAUCCUCCUCAGAACUGUAGUCAUUUUCUUCCACCUCUACCUCCUCUUCAUCGCUCUAUCAUCGAGGAGAAGUAGGAGAAAGCGAGAGAGCAAAUUGAAAAGAGUGGAGAGUAUGAAUGUCUGUCAAUGUACAACACGUACUGUAUUGCUCUUCUAUUGGCUCCAGCUCUACACUACACUUAUGGCACAUCACCAGUGUUUUACACACAAGGCUCAGACUUUUCUGUGAGCCAUGGCUCCGGCGGUCCUGCUCUCAUUUGGGGCCAAUAACAGGCCACAGGUACUUUUCAUUUGGCAUUUACAUACAUGGCUAACUGAACUUUAACACCUCACAAAGCAACUGUUUUUGAUUAUGCAGAGGUUGUUUAUUCAGUUCUUCACAAAUCUUCAUUGUCAGUCCUAGCUAUGGAAACAUAAUUUCCCUAGUAUAACAUUAGGCUGUAUACACUAACUAGUGUAACGCUGGUGUUACAGUCCAAAAGCAGCAUUACUGUUUUGCUAGUCUAUUGCUUCCAGCUCUAGCCGACACUUACUGUUCUGAUGUUCUAUUGGCUCCAGCUCUACACUACUUCUAUUUGAUUGUCUCCAGCUCUACACAACACUUACUGUACUUCCUCACUCACUCAUUCCCCGGCCCUAGUGCAGUUUUCCAAUGAAGAUCAGGUCUUCAGGGCGUUUUACUCUCAAGGUUAUAUACAGUGCAUUCAGAAAGUAUUCAGACCCCUUGCAUUUUCCACAUUUUGUUACAUUAGUCUUAUUCUAAAAUAUAUUCAAUUAUUUUUCCCCCUCAUCAAUCUACACACCCCCAUAAUGACAAAGUAAAAACAGGUUUGUAGAAUUUUUUGUAAAUAUAUUAAAUAUAAAAAACUGAACUGAAAUCAAGUAUUCAGACCCGUUACUCAGUAGUUUGUUGAAGCAGCGAUUACAGCCUCUAGUCUUCUUGGGUAUGACGCUACAAGCUUGGCACACCUGUAUUUGGGGAGUUUCUCCUGUAUUUGGGGAUUCUUCUCUGCAGAUCCUCUCAAUCUCUGUCAGGUUGGAUGAGGAGCGUUGGUGAACAGCUAUUUCCAGGUCUCUCCAAAGAUGUUCGAUCGGGUUCAAGUCCGGGCUCUGGCUGGUUCACUCAAGGACAUUCAGAAACUUGUCCCGAAGCCACUCCUGUGUUGUCUUGGCUGUGUGCCAAGUCCUGGAAGGUGAACCUUCGCCCCAGUCUGAGGUCCUGAGUGCUCCGGAGCAAGUUUUCAUCAAGGAUCUCUCUGUACUUUGCUCUGUUCAUCUUUCCCUUGAUCAUGACUAGUCUCCCAGUCCCUGCCGCUGAAAAAUAUCCUCACAGCAUGAUGCUGCCACCACCUUGCUUCACCAUAGGGAUGGUGCCAGGUUUUCUCCAGACAUGAUGCUUGGCAUUCAGGCUAUAGAGUUCAAUCUGUAAAUAAGGUAUUCAUGUUUUUUUAUUUGUAUUACAUUUGCAAACAUUUCUAGAAACGUGGUUUUGCUUUGUCAUUAUGGGGUAUUGUGUGUAGAUUUAUAUGUAUUGAAUCCAUUUUAGAAUACGUUCUGUAACUGAACAAAAUGUGACAGAAGUCAAGGGGUCUGAAUACUUUCUGAAUGCACUGUAUGUGUUUAUGUAGCUGACGGCAGGCACUAAUUCAAGAGUACUUAAACUGUUGUUUUGAUUUGCUCUGUGCGUCUGUUUACCAAUGUGUCGAUCAUGGGGUUCUCAGCUUUUCCUAGUUGAUAUAUCUGAAUGUUAUUGAGCACUGUUAUUUCAUUCUUGUUCCCACUGUAUGUAUAUAUUCAGAAGACGAUGAGGUACGUAAUAUGAAUCAUUUCGAUCCAACCUACGGGACUGUGCCGCUAAUGACGUGGUGAGAAUCAUAAUACUUUUGUUCAAUAAACGUUUUUGCAGAAUAACUCAAAUCAUGGGCUGUGUGGCAGCGUCUACACUUUCUGCCUCAGAUGUUGUACUGUGUGACAAGUGGUGAUUGCUGCUGGUCUCUGGGAGUGGAUGGAUACAACAUGUUGUUAUUAUUCUCCCCUAUAGUUACCAUCAGAGCCAUGUAUUUACCUCGUUGCCAUUGAGGUUUCUGCAUUAUGAUGCAUUUACACGACACUAUAACAUUCUAUUUCAACCAUGUUGGCGCCCCGUUAACAUUACAUGGGGAAUAUUUAAAUCUUGCUAUGUAACUGCCCACUAAGCAUUAGGCGAUGUCUUCUGGACGCCUUCUUGUCUUGUCUUGUCUUGACUGGUGGUGUUAUGUUUUUUUGGUGCUGUCCGGACUGGCCUUGAUUUGUCGUCUAUAUUUGGCCUUGAUUUGACCCCCCCAAAAAAGACACCUGUGAUUUGGUUCGGACUGGCCUUGAUUUGACCCAAAUAUAGACGUGUAUGAUUGGUCCAGUAUGGUGUUUGCCUUUCACGCCACAACCCGGAUUUGUCUGUCGCUACAUUGGUGUCAGAAAUGGGUUGGCAGCUAUGACUUUAACACCAUGACUGGUAGCCUAAGCAAUAUGGUGAAAUCUCCUACUAGCCCAGAAUUCCACGUAUCCUCCUUUUAGAUUUGUGGGGAGUACUGUAGUGAACAAGUAUAGGCCUACACUUCCCACUUAGCAUUUACCAAUAGCAAUGUCUUUUGGCCAUAUUUUUGGGGUCGUAUUUUUUGGGGGGCAGUCUGGACUGGCUUUCAUGUCAUUGUCCAAGAACGUUGAUUCUUGGUCCGGACCAAAUUGGAACUAAUCAUAGACCUCUGUUUGGUUCAGAUUUGGUCCGGUUUGGACCGGCCUUGAUUUCAAUGUCCAUUGUCCACUGUACAGUAAAGCACCGCAGCAGAGCACAGUAAAGAAACAUAGAGCACAAAGCACAGUAUUGUACUGUAUUGUACCCUACUUUACUCUAAUGUACUUUACGGAACUAAACUGUACUGUACUAUACUGUUUUUACUGUACUGUAAUGUACUGUACUCUACUGUAAUCUACUCUACUGAAUAAAACUUGACUGUCCUGUACCAUAUUGUACUGUGCUACUGUACUAAACUGCUGUACUGUAAUCUAUGAUUUGUCUAUGAUUGUCUAUGAUUUGUUCAGAUUUGAAUCUGGUCCGCACCGACCAUAUUUGUAUGUGGCGGAGGUCAUUCGAAUAAUACCAGUAUGCUUUACAAGUGUUUGUUUUUAUGUUUACAUUUUGGUCAUUCAGCAGACACUCUAAUCCAGAGCGACUGACCAUCAUUGCGUUCAACUAAGGUAUAUAAACAUAUCACAGUCAUAGCAAGAAAAAAUCAAAAUCUGUAACCAUUACUGAGAAUGUUAAUGUAGCUGAAGUGGUCUGAUGGUUUAUUCUGUAGGUUGGACUACUUUGAACAUCAUCGCUGCCAGUUUUAGAGCUUUUGAAAACGCUAACAUAAGUCAAUGUGACAGAUAGGAGCAAUAAUAAAUAUUCUGUUGCACUCUUCA